CGCGCCCUCUUCUCCCCCCCCCCCAUAUCCACCGCCCCGCUCGCCCCCCCCCUCAUCAGGCGAGGGUCAAACAUGGCGGCGCACUUCAAGAUAGGAGAGCUCGUCUGGGGCAAGAUGGGCAAGUACCCGCCGUGGCCGGGCAAGAUUGUGAAGCCACCAAAAGACAUGAAGAAGCCAAAAGGAAAACCUUGUUAUUUUGUUAAGUUUUUUGGAACCGAAGACCAUGCGUGGAUCAAAGUGGACCAGCUGAAGCCUUUUCAGCCGCACAAGGAGGACAUGGUAAAGGCAAACAAGAGCAAGCGCUUUCUACAGGCCCUCGAUGCUGUGGAGGAAUUUAUUAACAAGAAGAAGGCGGCAGCAAGUGGUGAGACAGCCAAACGGGGGAAAAAGGAGGAGCAAAAAGAAGAUAAAAAUGUUACACCCAAAAAAUCCCCUGCGGGAAAGAAGGUACCCGAGGCCUUGACAACAACUGCAAUUGGGCCGGCCGCUAUUAUCAAGCGCACGCAUGUUAAGGAUGACCCUCACUUUAGACAUUUCCUCCUGAGCCAGUCAGACAAGCAGCCCAGUGGAAGCGCGAGCAGCUUCCACGCAGCGCCGCCUCCCAGCACUCUGCAGGCUGCAUGCGCCGUGAGUGCCCUGCAGGCCGUACAGAGCCCGUCCUCCCUCCAGGUAGUCGGGAGCCCAAGCCUGACUGAGGCACCAGCGACGGAAGUCGGUGUAAGCCUUCUGCAGUGUGCAGGCGAUGCGAGCAACCCGCAACCGCCUCCUCUCAACGGCGGCUCCUCUGAAACGUCAUCUGAAACCCCCCAGCUUGGAGGGAGUGCAGUGGAAUUUGCUGUAAAGGCAGAGCACCUUACCACAGCGUCCGAGACAGGGGUCACGAACCAUGUCACACUGGGCAUGCCACUAGCAUCUGUCCAGGCGGCAGAUACCACCGCAGCAAAUGGAAACAUCACGCCCAUCGACAAACGGAUAGGCUUCUUGGGCCUUGGCCUCAUGGGCUGUGGAAUGGUGCAGAAUCUUUUGAAGACUGGCCACAAUGUUACCGUUUGGAGUAGAACGGCUAGUAAGUGCGACAUAUUUGUGCAAGAUGGAGCUUACCUUGGAAGAACGCCUGCGGAGGUUGUGUCCUGCUGUGACAUCACCCUUGCUUGCAUUGCUGAUCCUGCAGCUGCUAAAGAUCUGGUUCUGGGGCCCAGUGGAGUACUGCAGGGGAUUAGACCCGGCAAGUGCUACGUAGACAUGUCUACAGUGGACCCAGAGACGGCUGUUGACAUUUCAGAGGCUGUAACGCUGCGUGGCGGUAGGUACUUGGAGGCUCCCGUGUCUGGAAACAAGCGCUUGUCUGAGGACGGCGGUCUGCUUGUGCUGGCCGCGGGGGACCGCGCUCUCUAUGACGAGUGCAAUAGUUGCUUCCAGGCCAUCUGCCGGCGUGCCUUCUACCUCGGCGAAGUGGGCAGUGCGGCACGGAUGGCCUUGGUGGUCAACAUGAUCUUGGGAAGCUUCAUGACGUCCUUGGCAGAGGGCUUCUCCCUGGCACAACGCUGUGGUCUCUCCCAGCAAACCCUGCUGGACGUCCUAAGCCUGGGUCCCAUUGGAAGUUCGCUCGUGGAACAGAAGGGGCUUGGAAUUUUACAAGGCGAUUACGAGCCCAACUCCUCCCUGAAGCAUGUACAGAAGGACCUGAGGCUGGCCAUCGCAAUGGGCGAUAUGCUGCACCAACAAACCCCCGUGGCAGCUGCUGCCAAUGAGAUGUUCAAAAAGGCCAAAUCACUGGACCAGUCAGAAAAUGACAUGGCAGCUGUGUAUCGGGUGUAUGAGUAGGAAAGUUAUUUUUAGACUGAACAAGACUACUGCAUUCCUUACACCGCUGCAGCUUAGCGCAGCUUUUUAUUUCUUCCUUUCAAGCAUACACUUCUUUGUACAGUACGGUAUCGUAUCGUUAACAACUUGAUGUAGUCGUGUUUUAUUUACGCUGUUUCAAUUAAAACAUUGAUACCAGACAGUAUCAUUACACACUGAUGUGUUCUUGAGAUACCAGGCAUAUUCAUGUUAUAUCCAAGGUAUGCUCAAGCCACCUGGUAGUUCAUAUUAAUAAACCCCGUGGAAUGUUUCACAAAUUGCCAGGGUUAUGCUUCUCAAGCAGAAUACAGUUAAGUUAAUGUUUUCAUUUAAGUUAAGGCAUUGCAAGUUGCGUACAAAAAAAAAGGUGCAUUGUUAAUUUAAUAUUUGACAUUAACUUAAAAUAGUUAAUCAUUCGGCAAAAUGUUGUUUGCUUUUCAUUUCAUAGGGUUUUAAACAUUUUAACAGCUGUCAAAUAGGCAUAUAUGUGUAUUAGUGCUAAGCUACUGACAGCCUGCAGUACAUGUAACUGUUAAUUUCAGGAUUAUCGAAUGAGUACAGAUUUUUGCGAGUGUUUUUUGGCUUGAUGUGAGCCUUGGAAGACGAUUGCCACCUUUUUUCAAUUUAGUAAUUUAAAAACAAAUGUAUCGUUAAUUAAAUAUCUUUGGUUUUCAUGCAUAUGAAUAGCUCAAUGAUUAAAUUACCGUGCUACGUAAUAAAAGUGUCACAACUAAACAUGUCCGCAUUCAGAAAGCGUGUUGCAAAACGCUCACCUGGCGACGCUCCUGGGUGUGUAGGUUUUCGCGUCAUCGGACCGUGGUGUUCGACACCACGGUCCGAAGUUUUGCUCCACGUGCAGAGCUACGCUUAUUUAGCCGGGUUUUUUUUUUUAAAUUCCCAUUCCUAUACAAGGACUUUCCACUUACAGUACUUUUUCCACUUACAGUACUUUUAUCUCUCUUGCCUGGUAUGUUGGCUCAAUCCCAACCCCCGACAAUGCCUGUGUAUGUUUGGAGUUUGUGCGUUUUCUCUUUCUCUCCCUGUGGUUUUUUCUCCCGGGUCCUCCGUUCGGUUUUGCCUCCCCACUUUUAGAGACACGUGGUUAGAUUGUGGCUGCCACUAUAAAUUCCCAAUCGUGAUACUCCACUUUGACGAGCUAUCAUGUGUGCCCAGGUCGCCUCUGAAAAAUGGCCAUUAGCUCAGUGGGGAAGAUUUUAACUACCUUACUGGGUAUGGAGGAGGGUGUCGGGUUCGAACCUGACACCUGUGUAUUUGGAGUUUGCAUGUUCUCCCUGUGGUCGUGUGUAUCUUUUUCCAGUUCUGAAAAAGCAAAAAGCUCAGUGGGCCUUACCUGGUAAAAUAACAAAACUUUUAGGAAUCGUUUUUUUUAAACAGGUGCAAACCUAAUUGCACUCGAAGUUGAAUUUAUCUACACGUGCUGAGUGACAAAACUGUAGUUUUAUGUAAACAUCCAAAUAAAUUGUGAUGCUUAUGAAAUGCAAUGGACGAGACCAGACAAUUCUACAGCUUUUGAUAAAUGACUUUUUAAUGGAAAAAAAAUACAAAUUCUCAUCAGUAUUUACAAGGCGAGACACUGGAUGAAAAACCACAUCGUUUCUUUUAAAAUAAUUAGAACCCCUUGGAUUGUAAGAUGACAGUGUGUAUUGUUGCAGUGCCUAGUCCAAAGCUACCGACGAUAUUUUACGAGCCACUCGUUUUUUUCCACUGCUUUUGCCACCACUGUUCUUGAAUAGUUGUUCAUCUUGUACUUCGUGUUUUUUGGAGGGGUGGUGCCGAAAGGUGGAUGAUGUGUAUGCCUAUUCAUAAUAAUAAUGCCUUUAUCCAGAAAGGCCUGAGUCUCAACACUUUUUUCCAAGCGUUGCAUUUACAUGUUUGGCCAGUGCAAUUAGUGAUUUGCUUGUUUGAGCACAUGCCCGCCACACUUUAUACAGUAAAAUUAAGAGGGAUAGGAUAAUUAAUAUUUUAUCAGGUGUUCUUAGUCACAGGCCUAUUUUCAUUUGAAGUGGCAUUCAAAAUAUGAAGGCAGGCACGGCAGCACGCGUUUGCCUUUGGAGAAAAUCAUUUGAAACUGCCACUUUUAAAAGUUGUACAAAAUUACAUUGAACACAAAUUCAACUUGUAACGCAGCAGACGAUGUAUUGUAUUUUAAAUGUAAAAGUUUCUAACCUCGCGUAAAAUUUUUACGUUACGUAACUUUGAAAAGCCAAAUUUUAAAAAAAAUUUGGAAAGAUUCUAACCGUCCUAGCAUAUAGAUGACGCUUUACACUUCAUCACCCUAUAUCAGUUUAUCGCAACUCAAGCAAACGAUUUCGGCAAAUACAAAAUGUGUUGUCCCUGAUAUAUCUUCAGAAUGUGCAUAUAUGAAACUGAAUGUUUGACAUUCGUACUUUACGUGUGCCCCAAAAUUAUCUUCUCCACAAUGCAGAUUGUAUUUGGUUGGUGUGGUAUGAUGCGGACGAAGUGCCGUCAAGGGUCUGUUUCUCGCUUGGAAUCUCUGUGCUCUAGCUCCUCUUGUUGAUCUUGCCCAGUCUCUCGGGAGACCUCUUGAUCGUGUGAAUACUUGCAUUUGUCUCCAAAGGUGCAGAUGCCCUAUUUAAAAAGACAACAUUCAUUUUCAUAAUAAACGUUUUUGGGUUAGAUCGCGUUAUUUAUAAAUGUGUCAUAACCCUCCACCACCCCGACACGGUUAGUCAGUGAAAAAGUGUCACGUUGACAAAAGACAAAAUAGUUCACUGGCUGCGUUAAGGCCCCCAGCCAAGCCAUAGCCAUUUCAGCUUGGCGAUGUAUAAACGGUCCACCUGGUGCCUGCACACGAGCCUAUUUCAUCGCUCCAUCAUCACCUAAGUGCUUGUCCAACUGAGAACCACAAAGCGAUCGACUGUAGGGGUG